CAUCGGCAUCGUCGGCAGCAAAGGUCAAACAAUAACCCGACGUAGAACGGAAACAAGGGAUAUGUUUUUGAUAUUGCGGCUCUUCAACAGCUUCAUCUUCGUCGUGGCAAAUUUGUCGUUGGCUGUUUACACGCUACAAAGAUUCUUUCGAGCGAUGAAAUUUCACCGCCAUCUGGUCGACGAUGUACGAGAGUACAACGACUUGGUCGAGCAGUCGCGCUUCAGCUUGCAGUACAUCAGCGGGAAAGUGUCGGAAGCGAUAAAAGAGAUGCAGUCGGACGUCGAGCGAGAAGUAUACCUAACUCACAACUUGACGAAACUCGAACCGAAGAUCGCCUCCGCCUCGAAGAGGUUCGCCGAGCUGGAGGAAGGAAUAAUCGAGCUGGCCCGACUUGAGCACAACAAGGAAAACGCAACGGUGGCGACUCCCGAGGACGUGAACGAGGAGGUGUUGCAGAUCCUGCGCAACAUGAGGAAGCAGCCCCAUCCCCAGCAGAUGAUUUUGCCAAAGUCAGCGCGCAGCCAUGAGGUCGCGCUGGCCAAAGAACCGGCUGCUCUUGGACUAGUCGGUCCGCAGGAACGCCCCAAGCCGAUCUCGAGCAAACCGCGCUCGCACCGACCCUCCAGCCCCGCGGUCAAAGUCAGGAGCGAGAUACACCGCUCCCAGGGAAAGCCCCGCUCGCCCGAAACCGGAAUCGUGCCGGUGGUCUCGCUCCUGGGCGAGCAGAAUUUUGCGCCCGCGUCCAAACCCAUCGGCUUCCGGCCACCCUGGAUGUGCCAAGUUUGAAUCCAUGGUAUACUCUUUAACCCGUCAGCCACGCGGAUACUAUGUAGGGAGACGUUGUAAAUUUUCUAGGUUACUUCAAACCAGAGUCGCGAACCGUUUGUGUGGAAAAAUAUGUUUGUGAGCCAUCUCUGUGUUUCUCGUUGAUUUCGACUAUAAAUUAUUAUCUCUCCCCUUGCGUGCGGCUACUUUUUCCCAUUUCAAAGAAAACUUUACAGUGAA